UUUUUUUUUUUUUAAAGACCAUAACAAUGUUUGUGUCCGUUAUAUUAGCAUAAUAUCGCGAUACAUAUCCUAACGUAUGCACGUGCUGCCGCGAGAGCUCGAUUUCGCGCGCUGAGCCUAAAGCUCCGGUCAGAGGAGUGAUUGACAGGUGUGUGAGCCAAUCUACGAAUGUAUUUCAACCCACAGGAACCAAUAGAAACGCGGCAUCGCCUGCCGCAGGAGGGGAAAACACGUUGUUGAACCAAAUUUUCAUUGAAUCUUCGUACGAGGUUUUAUGUGGUACAUGUUUAAGAGUCAAAAAGAGUUUUUAUAUUUUAGUCUGACGCGUGCUUGCUGAAUUAUAACCGGGUGCUUUCUUGAUUUCGAGAGGACGUAAAGACAGAGGGCUGCUGCAAUGUGGAUCCAGGUGCGCACUAUGGACGGUAAGCAGACCCACCGGGUCGACUCCCUGUCCAAACUCACUAAGGUGGACGAGCUGAGGCUGCGAAUCCUGGAGCUCUUCAACGUUGAGCCUGAAAGACAAAGGCUCUUCUACAGAGGCAAACAGAUGGAGGAUGGCCACACUAUUUUCGAUUACAAUGUGGGCCUCAAUGACAUUGUUCAGCUCCUCGUGAGACAGGUGCUUCCUGCAGUCUCUUUGCCCAAAGACAAGGAGGCCGAGCUGUCAGACUCUGACUCGGGUUGCGGUUCGGGUCAGAGUGAGUCGGAUAAGAGCUCCACUCAUGGUGAGUGUGAGGGUCAGAGUGCUGGAACCUCGGCCCAGAGUGACCUCGUUGACCCAGGUUUUGGCUUCUAUAAGAUAAAUGAGUUCGUGGACGCCAGAGACCUGAAUAUGGGUGCUUGGUUUGAGGCUCAGAUCGUAAACGUGACAAAGACUCCCAAACUUGUAGAAGGUGAAGGCAUGGAAACGGAUGGUGAGGACGAGAUCCGCUACCACAUCAAAUAUGAAGAUUACCCGGAGAACGGGGUGGUGCAGCUCCAGGGGAAGGAUGUGCGCCCACGUGCCCGCACCGUCUACCAGUGGCACCAGCUGGAGGAGGGCAUGGUGGUCAUGGUGAACUACAACCCUGAUGAGCCCAAAGAGCGUGGCUACUGGUACGAUGCUCAGAUCCAGAGGAAGAGGGAGACACGCACCCAGCGAGAGAUUUUUGGCAAAAUACUUCUCGGGGAUGCUGGUGACUCUCUGAAUGACUGCCGGAUCUUGUUUGUGAGCGAAAUCUACAAAAUCGAAGAAGCUGGAAGCUCUGAGGGAUCCACAGCCGCUUCUGACAGCCCUCUGAAGAGGUCCAAUGGGCCAGAGUGUAAACACUGUAAGGACGACCCCAAGAAAACCUGCCGCUGGUGUAAUUGCCGUGUGUGUGGGGUGAAGCAGGACCCGGACAAGCAACUGCUGUGUGAUGAGUGUGAUAUGGCUUUCCACACAUACUGCCUUAACCCGCCUCUCACCACCAUUCCGACUGAUGAGGACUGGUACUGCCCUGAAUGUCGGACUGACGCAAGCGAGGUUGUCCUGGCCGGAGAGAAGCUGAAGGAAAGCAAGAAGAAAGCAAAGAUGGCAUCUGCCAGCUCGUCCAGCCAGAGAGACUGGGGCAAAGGUAUGGCGUGUGUGGGCCGCACCAAACAGUGUACCAUCGUUCCCUCCAACCAUUAUGGGCCUGUGCCAGGAGUCCCUGUGGGUACCCUCUGGAAGUUUAGAGUGCAGGUGAGCGAGUCCGGAGUCCACAGGCCUCAUGUUGCAGGGAUCCAUGGCCGAAGCAACGACGGUGCUUAUUCUCUAGUGCUGGCUGGAGGCUAUGAGGAUGACGUGGAUGAUGGUAACGAGUUUACAUAUACAGGUUCUGGUGGUCGAGAUCUCUCUGGUAACAAGCGAACUGCUGAACAAUCCUGUGACCAGAAACUCACCAAUAUGAACAGGGCCCUGGCUCUGAACUGCAAUGCACCAGUGAAUGAGAAGGACGGUGCUGAGGCAAAGGACUGGAAGGCGGGGAAGCCUGUGAGGGUGGUGCGCAGUUCUAAAGGUCGCAAACACAGCAAAUACUGCCCAGAAGAUGGGAACAGAUAUGACGGCAUUUACAAGGUGGUGAAGUACUGGCCAGAGAAGGGCAAGUCAGGUUUCCUGGUAUGGAGAUACCUGCUCAAAAGGAAUGAUGAUGAAUCGGCACCGUGGACCCGAGAUGGCAAAGAACGCAUUAAAAAGCUGGGUCUUACCAUGCAGUAUCCUGAAGGUUAUCUGGAAGCAGUGGCUGCAAAGGAGAAGGAAAAGGAGAAUAAGAAUGAGGACGAGGUGGCUGAAACACCUACCAAGGGCAAGAGGAAGCGGAAAUCUCAGGCAGUUGAGGAUGAGGAGAAAACUUCACCAUCUAAGAGCACACCCAAGAAGGUCAAAGUGGAGGCCUACAAGCUGACCAAGGAGCAAAAGGCCCUGAUCAAGGAAGACGAGCUUAACAAGAAACUUUGGGAUGAGGCCAUGGAGUCUUUAAGCUUAGGACCAAGAUUUAUAAACAAGGUGGAAGAAGUUUUCCUGUGUAUCUGCUGCCAAGAAGUUGUUUACCAGCCCAUCACCACAGAGUGCCAGCACAAUGUCUGCAGGGAAUGUCUCCAGCGGUCCUUCAAAGCAGAGGUAUACAGCUGCCCCGCCUGUCGUCACGAUCUAGGCAAGAACUACCAAAUGACGGUGAACAAAGCUCUACAAGCCAUCCUGACCCAGCUGUUCCCUGGCUACAGCAGCGGCCGAUGAUGACCGCCUGUGUUAUAAGAAAACGUGCCGAUGAACUAGCGAAAGCAGCGCUGUGCAUCGUGACUGAAUUCAACACCAUGAUACAAGUCACCUUUCAAAAUAUUGAAAAAGUCAUGAGCUAAUCAGGGUGUAGGGUGAUCCAUAACCUGCUAAAUUUGUUUGGUCCGAUUCUUAGCAGGGCUGUACUUCAUAACCUGCUCUCUCUCUCUCUCUCUCUUUUUUUUAUUUUAUUUUAUUUUUUUUAUUUUUUAUUUUAUUUUUUUUUAAUAUAUAAAUAAGCCCAUCAGGUAGAUCUUUCCCUCCCAAUACAGAUCUUGUAUUAACAGAUCUCUUAUAAUAACUUUGUAGAGAUGUUUUUAGGUGUAGGAGCUUCCUGUUAUGAAAAGUAAUUCCUGAAUUACUGAGCACCAGCACAUCUUUUAUAAAAAUGGAGUAAAAAAAGGAAAAAAAAGAAAAAUCUUCCGCUACGCACAACUGCACUAUUUGCUUCUAGCAAAAUCCUUUAAAAAUUUUUUUUUUUUUUUGGCCAGGGAUAAGUGGACAUAUUUUGAUAGCAGGUAUGUAGGCAUGCACUGGCAUCAGGAACAUUUUAUAAAACACUUGAUUAAGAUCACAUUUUUGUCUUAACAGCCAUGUAUUUUGACACCCCCUAGUAUUCCUACUUGGGUGAUUUAACUAAAAGCUAAUCAGUUCUACUAUAUAUUAAAAAAAAAAAUCAUAUGCAUAAAAUGAGCUUGUUAUCAUAUAACUUUGUCGUGGCUUUGCUUUCUAACUACUGUAUGUGCUUAGAAAUUCGACUUUUUUUUAUUAUUUUUUGCUUUUGUUUUAUUCCCGUUAUGCAAUCUGGUUUUCCCUCGUUCUCCUACUAUGGACUUCAGAAGGAAACCGUCAAGUCUGUUAAUUCUCCAGAUAAAUUAUCACCAAGUGCACCUCCUGUUAAGUGACUAUUUAAUGACAUGUCAAUGUUCACUUUGUUCUCAUCACACAAUUUUCUAAAUAAACGCCUAAGGCCAGAGAUUUGUUAUACCUCAAUAAUUUCUAAAAUCACAUUGACUGGAAAUGUAUAUUCUGAAAUUGUAUAUUUUUUAGCACUUGUAUUUAGCAAUUUUACGUAGUUUUAGAUGCUGUUUUUUUUCUUGCACUGUGUUUAGUGCAAUAUUUUUCAAUAAACCUUAUUCCUUUUAUAUGGAACAAUUUGACUUAUUCUCUCCCCCCCCCCCCUUUUCUUAAAUGAUGAAUAAAACACUUUGUGUGCUGUUGUAGAUAAAUGAUCAAGGACUUGGUAGUAUGAUGCAGCCCUAGACAAAGCAGAAGAGUUACUUUUUCCCUUUAACAGUGCAUCCUGAAGUGUUCUAUUCCUUUUAAACCAGAGCAAUGUCAACACAACAUAUUUUGUUAGUUUAAUUGAUUAAUUUUUAAAUUG